CUGUUUGUGCAUGGCUGCCUUUCUGUGAGUGAAAUUGGAAUAGGUUAGCCUAGUACUCCCUGAUUCCUGUCUAAGAAUUAGAUUCACCUUUUCAAGUGUACCAUACCUUUAACCAAAUUUGAGGAGAAAACAACUCACCACACCUCCUAAUAUGUGGACUUGCUUUGUAGGAUGAGGGUAAUUUCCUGCCCUGAUAACAUGGAGUGGUCAAUAUGUUUCAUCAUUCACUGUUAAGCUUUUUAUACACUAUGAGGUUAAUACAUGGAAUAUGUGUGUAAUCUCUUUCCCCUUUCUGUCUCUGAUCUGCAGGCCUUGGGUGAAGCUGCGGGCAUGGCUCUCCAGGUGCUGGGCAUCACCCUGGCGAUGAUGGGUCUGGCGGGCACCAUCCUGAUCUGCGCGCUGCCCAUGUGGAAGGUGACGGCCUUCAUCGGCACCAACAUCGUGGUGGCGCAGGUCUUCUGGGAGGGCCUGUGGCUCAACUGCGUGUACGAGCGCACGGGUCAGAUGCAGUGCAAGCUCUACGACGCGCUCCUGGACCUGGACCCGGACCUGCAGGCGGCGCGCGGGCUCGUGGUCGUCGCCAUGGCGCUGGGCUGCCUGGGCUUCGUGGUCUUCCUGGCGGGCGCGGAGUGCACCAACUGCCUGAGCCACCCGCGGGCCAAGGCGCGCAUCGUGGUGGCGUCCGGCGUGACCUACGUGCUGGCGGGCCUCACCGUGGUGGCGCCCGUCUCCUGGACGGCCCACUCCAUCAUCCAGGACUUCCACAACCCCGUCGUGCACGAGGCGCUGAAGCGCGAGAUGGGCGCGGCCAUCUACGUGGGCUGGGUGACCGCGGGUCUCCUGGUGGUCGGCGGAGGGUUGCUCUGCACCAGCUGCCCACGCGAGAGCCCGAGCUACGCCACCCGCUAUGCCACCCGCUAUGCCCAGGCCAGACCGGGCACCCACUGUAGCUACGCCAUCAAGAACUAUGUGUGAAUCGCACUCCGCUGCACAAAUUGAAUCGUAACACAAUUUGCUCAACUCAGUUAGCGAUCCGGUUGUAGGCUGAUGGUUCUUCAAAGGGUGUUCAGACAGCAGACUAGACUCACUCAUCUGGCAGACUGACUAGAUGCCUGUUACACAUUUGUGGCGAAGCCAUGGAGCUGAGAUAGACAGCUGCUCAAAAGUAUUCUUUUUUGUUGUUGUUGAGAAUGCUUCUUUUGUUACGUACUUAACUGUCACUUUGUUAUCUGCACAAAAAGUCAGCAUAUUCAAGGAACAAAGGCCAGCUGUCCUCGGACUUAAAUAGGCCUUUUAUUUUCCUUUUAUGAUAAGUAUGUCUAUAU